AGUGCUACAGUCGCUCUAAACGGGUUUCGGUCUUUAGGGCUGAGCAGGAAGUACAUGACUGUGAGCCCUGGACGAGAGGGGGAAAAGGAGGAAAAAAGGGAAAAAGGAAACCAAAAGAUGGAUAUGGUGACAGACUUGGGGGCGAGUAGGCUCUAUCGGGCGCCGGGUGAAUCAGGUCACCAGCAGCCCCAGAGAUGGUUCAACACUGCUGACAUCACGGCAGCCCAUCAGAGCAACCUGCUGAAGCAGCUCAACCAUCAGCGGAGGCAGGAGCUGUUUUGUGACUGCAGCGUGCUGGUGGAGGGCCAGCUGUUCAGGGCGCACCGCAAUGUUCUGUUCGCCAGCAGCGGCUACUUUCGCAUGCUGCUGUCCCAGGGGCCCGAUGGGCUGUCCGACUCGGUUAAUGCCACCUUUGACGUCUUCAGCCCAGAGACCUUCACCGUCAUCCUCGACUUCAUCUACUCAGGCCAGCUGGACCUCUCCAGCCACAACGUGAUCGAGGUGAUGUCAGCAGCCAGUUACCUCCAGAUGAACAAUGUCAUCAACUACUGCAAAAAUUUCAUCAAAUCCUCUUUGGACAUCAGCGUGAAGGAUGAAGAGGGGGAGCGUCUCAACAUGCCCGAGGCCUGCAGUUUCUCUAGCGGGACUGGAGAGGAGGCCCAAGAGCAGCAGCAGACCCCCUGCUCAGUCAGCCCCCCACCUGCUCUCUGGACCCAUGACAGCUCCAGGCCCAAGCCUGGCUUCAUGGUGAAGGAUCCAGACCAGGAGGCUCCAGCUUCUACACUAAGGACCAAUCCAAGCAGUCCUGCCAUUGAGGCCAGCGCAGAGGCAGAGGACCUGCAGGACCCUGAGGACCCUCUGUUCACCCUGCCCGGGCCAGAGCGCAGACGUGGGAAAGGCGGAGCCAAGAGGAGAACGCCCUACUGCACUCGCUCCUCCACCCAGCAUGAAGCCUUGGAGGUCCAGGAGGCAAGGACGCAAAAGGCCGAAAAGGCAGAAGAGCUGUACGCCACUCUUCCAACUAUUGUGGGUGUUAUUGGACACUUUAAUAAAGAUUCCAACCCCAGUAUGCGCUUCAAGUGCCCCUUCUGUACGCACACAGUGAAGAGGAAGGCCGACCUGAAGCGUCACCUGCGCUGUCACACAGGAGAGCGGCCGUACCCCUGUCAGGCCUGCAACAAGCGCUUUACUCGUCUGGAGCACCUCCGCAGCCACUUUGAGACGAUCCAUCAAGCGAGGAAGCUGGUGUGCAGGAAGUGUAAGUGUCAUGUGACGGAGGAGACCGGACACGUCGUGUGUGAGGGCACACGUCGCUAUCGUAUGUGCACCGCCUGCAUCCAGGAAGUGGGGUGUGAUAACAUACCCAUGGACAGCAUAGAGGGGGCCAAUGAGGAGCCGGCACUGUUACUGGGAGUGGAUGGGGAGGAGGAGGGGGACACCCAGAGGUCCUGGAUGGUAACUGACGAUGACGACCUAGCCGAAGACUCAGGAGCCGACCUCAUCAUCCAGCAAGUGGAUGACAGUGACGAGGAGCUGCAGUGAAAUAGGACCAAAGUGUCAAAGAGUGUGUGUGUGUGUGUGUGUGCGCGAGCGCGUGCGUGUGUGUGCACGUGCGCGUAUGAGCAGAGCUGUUGUAUGUGUUAAAGCCAUGCAAGUAAAUUUAUGCAUAAAAUGUAUGAUCCAGUGAUGUAAAUACACACCUUUAUCAUAUAUUAAUUAUCCAUUAGUUAAAUGCAACUGGUUAAUUAUUAUUUUCCAAGAAAAUUUAUGACCUUUGUGACAAAAUGGAAUGCUUUUUUUGUCAAUCUUCAUAAAGAUUUGCAUUAUCCAAAGCAUAAUUUAUGCAUGCACAUUCAGUGUUUUCGUUUUGUGUUUUUUCCUUUGGAUGUAAUUAUAUAAUAACUCUUCAAACAUUAUAUGUUUUCCACAUGCAUGCUUGAUAUCUUUGCCAUUUUUGAGACUCUAAAAAUUAUGCUAAAGAAAAACAAAAUGACAAUGUCAAAAUGAAGAGGACUCUGUGCCAUUGCCUGUAAAGAAAUUCUACAAUGAGAAGAUUUUAUGACAAUGACUCGCUAUUGUGGGGCUUUUUUUAUGAUAGUGCUUGAUUGGAUAUGUCCUAUGAAACAAUGCCGAUUAUUAUUUAUUUCCUUUUUUACUU